AUGUCGGUGGAGAGUGUUAGUGGUGCGGAGGUGGAGGGGCUGCGGCCGGCGGGGCUCUCCCUCAACAAGAGAGAGACUGUAGUUCACAGUAACUACUCCCGCAUUAGUGAGCACUUCCGUCAGGUAACCCCCACAGAGCUUCAGUGCUCAGUUUUCUGCGGCGGGAAGCGCUGUAGGUACGAUAACGGUGACUCCUGGGGCGCUGAAGACAUGGCCAUCAACGGCAUCUACUCCCACUGGGUGACGGACAGCAUUCUGGCUAUGGCGAGGCCUAGUACGGAGGUCAUCCAGAAGAAGGACCUCGUGGGUCAGUUCCUCAAACACGAUAUAAAAACUGUGAUCAACCUGCAGCUUCCUGGAGAACACUCGUCGUGCGGGGAUCCCCUCAGUGACUCAGGAUUCAGCUACGACCCCAGUAUUUUCAUGGAGAAUGGCAUAUUCUACUACAAUUUCGGCAUGAGGGACUACGGAGAGCCAACGCAGGGCGCUCUGCUUGACAUGGUUAAGGUGAUGGCUUUCGCUCUCUCUGAGGGCAAGGUCGCCGUCCACUGUCAUGCAGGUGUGGGACGGACUGGUGUGUUGAUCGCGUGUUACCUCGUGUACUCACUACGGGUGCGAGCCAGCGAUGCUAUCCGCUAUGUCCGACUCAAGAGGCCCAACGCCGUGCAGACCAGUAAACAGAUCCAGGUGGUGCAGGAAUUCGAGCAGUUCAUCCUUCCCCAGCUCUACGUCUUCUGCAACAGGGACUUCGUGAAAGAGAAGAGGAACCAGGAGUUCACCCUGCAACAGUACCUGAACAGGCAACGCAUCGUCCUUCACGGCUACGAGGCUCGCACUCUCAAGAACAUUCCCAAGCUGCUGUAUGUGAUAUGCGAGCGACUGCUGCGGGUAUGCGGGUGCGGGGGCAGUACAGCGCCGCCACACUUGCUGGCACCACUGGAGAUCUCGUACACGGUGGGCACGCCUUCCUUCACCUCCUUCUUCCUCUCAGCGCAGUUCGAUCACGUGACGCGGGUGUCUUACUCCUCCCCACAGAGCCUCGCCUCCCCAACCUUCUCUGCCAGCAGCGAACGAUCAGGUGGGUUGCGGAUACCAUCUGAGGACGAUUCCGGGUACCCAGGUGGGGAGGAGUUCUCCAUGGGGGAGGUAUCGGUGCCCACCUCCGCUCAGUACCCCAAGAAGCGUGCCCAAGAGGACUCUUCCACCCCAGAUGUUCCCUCCUGCCUCUCCGAUCUGCCAGAGCGAAAUAUUGACUCGCUGUUGAAUGAUGGAAUCCGCGACCAACCAAUAACGGAAAAUUCAUGCUACCAGGAGUUGGCCUCCCAAUCCGAUCUCCGACGCCAGGCAGACCAGGAGGCCCUUCAGGUAAUGAUGCCGAAGGAGGUGUACGAGGCGCUGCUAGUUGAUCACUCGCUACUCAACGUGGAGUUCAAAAAGCAGCUGAAGAGCUACCGCAUCGAUCUCAACGUGAAGCAGUCAGCCUGGGAGCGACUCAAGACCGAGACAAACCUCUUUAUGCUAACAGCUUUGCUGUUUACAUGGCUGGAGCACCUGCGGUCGCCUAUCCUGGAUGUAGACGCUCUCUCCUACAUCGUUCUGGCCUCCAGCAAGCCUGAAGUCUGCCUUAGGAAGAUGGACAAGGAGGUGCGCUACACGCUUGAGUACUUGAUCCGCUUCGUGUCCCGGCUGCAGCCUUUCACACGCAGCCAGCAGGAGACCGUCAUCCUCCGUCUGAUUGCCUCUAUAACCCAGCAGGCAGUACCCGUCCGUGGUUCUCUCCUUCCAGCAGGAAAGGGCUACAACAAGCUAAGGGAAGGUACCAUGAAGAAAGUAGUUGAGUUCAUGAACAAGCUCUUCGACCUGGUGUACUUGGAAACCCGCUCUGGCAGCUGUGUGUCAGCGACCUCUACCACUACCGCUCCAGAGUUCACAAAUAGGGUGACCCCGCCAGGUCAGGUCGCCACUCCGCCCCCUGCUGACGACGCUGACGAUAAUAUGGACGGCGAUAAGUCCUAGUCGCCCGCAUUUAAGAACCUUUAAUGGUUUUUUUUUGUGUCUUUUGUCGUCCCGAGAAGGAACCUUGACUGGCUCUUUCCUCAUCAUGGUGCAUUGUGAUUGUGCUGUUCCGUCCUCAAGCAGGUUGUUGAUUGGUCCGUGGUUGGUCCGACUGUAUCUGAGGCAGGAUAAAGGUUAAUAUUCACUGGCUUUGCGAUAGACUGUUCGUGUGUUCCGUCGCUCACUGGUACUAGCUGGCUGAACAAACUUCAGGAGUCAGUGGAAGUUGGACCAAGACGCGUGUAGAGAUAUGCUUGACGUAACGCUCGGUGUUGUCAGUAUCUGGUAAUUAACACUUCGUCUGUAUUGCCACAAAUGUCUCUCGCGACCAUGCACAGCAUCAUCGUGUGUCGUAGGUAGUUGUUGUGGUGUACUAGUCAAUAUUUAUCUUCUAAAUGUUCUCUAUACACCACCUGCUAGUAAUAUUUUUUAUACCAUUAGUGCAGGAAUAUAUUUUGCUUCAUAUAAUUAUAGAAACACUUUAAAUGAAAACAUCAGGUUCCCUGGGCCGCAUCCAGACACUUUCAAUAUUCUCUCACGUAUCAGCACUGCUGAAGCAGCCAAGCUGCGGCUUCCUUCCAGGCAGGAUCUCCAACCUGGCUGCAAUAGAUCCCAAAGCACCAUUCUUCAAGCGCUAAACUUAUAGCCCAUUCGUCUGUCAUUCUCCUCCAGCCUGUAGCCAUAAGAAGCCUCCCGUCUUCUCCGAAAUCCCAAAAUUAAAAAUACGAGCCUCCCUAGAAUCACUGUUCGUAAUUGUAUUGCUUCGAACUCUUUCAAAUGCGGCUUUUUCACUCUCUCAGAAACUAUAAAAAAAACAUAGCCACUAGUCUUAAGAGAAUCAUAAUAAUUAUAUAUUUUUAACCAUUAUAAUUUCUUCUAAUGCCAUAUUACAAAUCCGAUACACGCACACUUAGCAAGUGCCCGAGUAAUAUAACAUGAUAUAUCUGCAACCAAGUUCAAUAAUUAUACUACUCUUCAAGCUCCACCUUAAGUUAGGAUACAUUGUUGAAUCUGGUCCCUCAGGCCCAAGUUGCCAUUACAACCAAGGAAAUCUGCCAUUUUUGGUAGUUGUCCAAUUUUUCAUUAAAAUAUCUGCAUUUGUUCGGGCGAGAUCUAGCAACAGUUGAAUUCAAUAAAUAUUUGUAUAAAUAGUCUGCGUGUGUAAGCAACUUGCAGGAGCUGCCAUGCUAAACCCAGGCUCAGCCUGCACGAGUCCCAUGCUAAACCCAGGCUCAGCCUGCACGAGUCCCAUACUAAACCCAGGCUCAGCCUGCACGAGUCCAAUGCUAAACCCAGGCUCAGCCUGCACAAGUCCCUCUGUAUAUAGUCUGUACAAUCCUUUAAGUUUUCCAUACAUUGUCUCUGUGUUUGCUGGUAAAUAGUCACACACUGUUCCCACACCUGGUGUGUGGUGGUGUUCCCACACCUGUAGUGUGGCACUGUUCCCACACCUGGUGUGUGGCGCUGUUCCCACACCUGUUGUGUGGCACUGUUCCCACAACUUGUGUGUGAUGGUGUUCCCACACCUGGUGUGUGGCGCUAUUCCCACAUCUGUUGUGUGGCACUAUUCCCACACCUGGUGUGUAGAGGUGUUCCCACACCUGGUGUAUGGCACUGUUCCCACACCUUGUGUGUGAUGGUGUUCCCACACCUGGUGUGUGAUGGUGCUCCCACACCUGUUGUGUGCCACUGAUCCCACACCUGGUGUUUAGAGGUGUUCCCACACCUGGUGUGUGGCACUUUUCCCACACCUUGUGUGUGAUGGUUUCCCACACCUGGUGUGUGAUGGUGUUCCCACACCUGGUGUGUGAUGGUGUUCCCACACCUGGUGUAUGACGGUGUUCCCACACCUUGGUGUAUGACGGUGUUCCCACAUCUGGUGUAUGACGGUGUUCCCACACCUGGUGUGUGAUGGUGUUCCCACACCUGGUGUGUGAUGGUGUUCCCACACCUUGGUGUAUGACGGUGUUCCCACACCUUGGUGUAUGACGGUGUUCCCACACCUUGGUGUUUGACGGUGUUGCCACACCUGGUGUAUGACAGUGUUGCCACACCUGGUGUUACCAUCGUGCCAGCAGCCUCUUGGGCUUUACAAAAUAAUGGUAUUACUGAUGUCAGGAAACUUUCUCCUUAAUGCUAUAUAAGGUUGCAAUUGCUCUACCCGUCCAGGAUAUUAACUGGCUGAUUAAGGGAGGGUAUCUUAUCAUUCCGUCCAGUUUACGAGUAGUGUUGUGCGCGAGGAUGACUGUUCUAUCAGUGCUUCAGACUGUAACUUAGUCAUUCCGUCCAAGUUAAGUUACGGUGUUGUGUGUAAGGGACAAGCACCGUUCCGUCCAGGUUAAGUUACGGUGUUGUGUGUAAGGGACAAGCACCGUUCCGUCCGGGUUAAGUUACGGUGUUGUGUGUAAGGGACAAGCACCAUUCCGUCUAGGUUAAGUUACGGUGUUGUG